AUGUCGGGCAUUUUCCCUGUGCUGAGGGGAGAAGCCCUAGAGUGGUAUUACACCCUUCCCCCCAAUUCGGUAGAUAGUUUCCGCACGCUGACAAGCAUGUUCAAAAAGCAAUAUUCCACCAACCGGUACGAGGAGGUUACUGCUGCCGAGCUAGUUAAUCUCAGACAGGGGAAAGAUGAAACUCUCAAAGCCUUCAUGUACCGAUACAACCACGCCGCCCGGAGGAUAAAAGGGGCCAGUCCCGAAUUCAUCAUCAGCAGUCUACCCAACUGCCUAAAAGCAGGAUUCGUCUCUGAAAGCUUAUACGCCAAGUUACCCAAUACGUUGGAGGAGCUGCAACAAAAAAUGGCCAAAUUUAUCAAAAUAGAAGAUCAGAGGAUUUUCCGGAAACAACAACACGAGGAGCAUCCGGUAAGUGGUAACAAGAAGGAAGGGAAGCGGCGAGUCGAGAACGUCCGAGAACAGAAGCCAAUGGUGAAUCUAAACCCUAGAUACGACCGCUAUGCGCACCUUACCGCCCCUAGAGAAAAGGUGUUGGAAAGAGCUCUACAAUCGAACCUGAUCUUUCAAAGAAGAAAAUUUCCACCAAAAAACGUGGAUGCGGCGCAGAUAUGCCGAUUCCAUAAUUCAGGGGGACAUACUACUGAAGGCUGCCAAACUCUCAAAGAUGAAUUAGAGAAGCUAAUCCGUGCCGAACACCUUCGGGAGUUCGUAAAGGAGGAUUCUGGCCGCGUGGGACAUUCUCCCAGAAAGACACGAAGAAGCCCAGAACAUGCAAAACGGAAGGGUAACCACUCACGCGACCGUUCUCGAAGUCCCCCGAGCCACAGAUCCCGCAGUCGACCCAGAGAGCGAGAUCCCAUGGUCAAAGGCAUGAUUGAUACCAUCUCGGGCGGUUUUGCUGGAGGAGGUGCUUCGUCCACAGCCCGGAAGAGACAUUUGAGAAGCCUGCGUAGCGUACACUCGGUGGUACGCAAUCCGGUGUCAAUGCCUGAUAUAAGCUUCACAAACAGGGAUUUUCACGCACCAGAUCCUGAUCAAAACGAUCCCAUGGUCAUCACAGCCCGCAUUGCACAAUAUGAUGUGAGUAAGGUCCUUGUUGAUCAAGGCAGUUCAGUCAAUAUAUUAUACUGGACAACCUUUAGAAGAAUGGAAAUCAUAGAAGAUAUGAUUGCUCCGUUUAACGAGCAAAUUGUUGGUUUUACUGGAGAAAGAGUAGACACCCGAGGGUAUCUCGACUUACGAACCCGCUGA